CAGUUCAGUCUCAAACUUAAACUAGCGCCGUUCACAACGUCUUUCCAAACAAAGCAAAGAAAAGCGCCGUGGUGUUUUUUAUUUGAAAACUAAAAAAGAAGAAAACCUAAGCUUUUUUGUUCUGUUAUUCUUUGUGUGUCAAUGAGAAAAUACUACCAAACCAAGAAAAUAAAAAUUAAUAAUUUUUAAUAAAAAUAAAAAAAUUAAAAUAACAAAGUUCUUCUUCUUCGGUGAAAAAACAAAGUUCUUCCAGUAAAAAUUUUAAAUUUCUAAAACGAAAAAAAAAUAAUAACGAACUGUGAAAAAUUGUGGUAAAACGAACCUGCUCUUGAAAAGAAAAUUAGAUUUGAUUAUAUCUGCAUUACAACAAAGUUGGCAACACUUCCAUUGUUGUUGCUGCUACUGCUCCCGUGAUAACCUUUAACAACAACCGAAACAAAAGCUUCUCUUCGCCGUUGUGGUGUCCUUGUUAUUCUCGAAAAAAAAACAUCUGUUUGCUAAAAUCAAAAAAAAGUCUUCUAACUACUCCCGCCCAACCCCCUUGCCAACAACAGAAACACAGAAAAAAAUGGCCGCCUAUGCUGCAUUCAAACAUGUUGAACUUUACAAUGUCGGCAAAACCAAGAAGAGGGUUUUGAGACCUCCAGGUGGUGGCACCAGUGACAUUUUCGGAGGUGACUUGCCACAAACUCCACGCAAUGUCAAAAAUCACAUGCAAUCAAACAUUUUCUCUUGCGAGAAGGAUAGCAUCAAAAACAACGUACGACAAGGAGCUCACAGAUUCUAUUUCAUCGGUGAUCAACCACGUCGCGCUCAAAAGAAUGUUGACUCAUAUCAACGUCUAUUCGGUGAACCAGAGCGCGUUGUCACCCCCGCCAAGAAUCACAUGAGAAGCAACAUUCCAUUCGGUGCUAACAAUGAAGCCGCUCAAACAUUGAUCACCAAUGGCAAUGGUCAUCACUACAAUAAUGGCAAGAGUUCAUCGGUAUCUUCGGCCUCGUCAUCGGUCUCUUCAUCAACUGAGAACUUGAAGAUGAAUGGUUACUCCAAAACAGUUUAUCAUCGCAAAAUGAGUAAAACGGAAACUGACUAUCAAUGCCCAUCAUCAUCGCCAUCUUCGACGCUUUCGGAGCAAUCUCCCCAACAUAGAAAUCCCGAAGCUUACGAGUCACCGAUUCCGAAUUGCAAUGAACCGAAUUCGCAAGAAUUUCAAAAUGCAACACCACCACCAUGUUCCCAAAGUAGUAGCAUCGCAACAAACUUGGGCUCUCAAUCUCUCGCCAGUCAAACACACACCUCGACGGCUUCUAAUUCUGAUAAUCCAAUUUCAUUAUCGACCAAAUUUCAAAAUUCUCUAUCAAAUGAUGCAACGCGGAACUAUCAACGUGGUAGCAUUUCCGAAUGUGUUGAUAUGAGUACAGCCUCAAAAGCAACUGCUGGGUCUCGCAAUCCCUUAAUAGGUUUGGGUCUAUGUGGCGAUGGUGUUGGUGGCUGGAAGCCGAUCAAGCCAAAGACUCGUAGAGAUGGUAAUCCCGUCACCGGUGAAGGUUAUACCAAGAACAAUGAUUUCUCAAAUCAUACACCCAGCUUGAAUGGUGCCAAUCAAGUCAUCAAUAAAAAUCGUAUUCCCCCCGGUGGUUUCUCUUCGGGUCUCUGGUAAAUGUGUCUACAGUGUGUCUUGUUUGCGUUAUAAUCAACUAAAUUUAGGAUUACAACUCUCCCUCUCUGGUGUCACAAUCAAAAAGCAACAAAAAAAUUCAAACAACAACUAAAACUCUUUAAAAGCAAUCAACGACAAAAUGUCAACUAGAAUUUUUCUACUAAACGGAAUCAGCAGCAGCGAAAUUUUUAAAGAGAAACCCCUUUAGAGAACCAACCAAACCGUCGUUUAUGGCAACUGGAGAGAGAUCAACAACAAGAAGAGAGAAAGAGAACAUACAAUUUUUAAGAGAAACUCAACAAUAAUGAAGAUAAUAACUAAACGAAACCAAUUCUGCUGCAAAAAAAAAUAGUUUUUUUGAAAACAACAACAUCUACAAACAAAAAGCAAAAUCCAAAAGUAAACUUUUUAAUAAUUAUAAAGGGAAUAAUGAAUUAACUCUAGGACACAAACCGUCACAAAAUGUAAUAAUCAUCCAAAAACAAAAAAAAAAAACAAAACAAUUUUAACAACCGAAAAACUAUCUGAACAUUGAUAAAAAGGGAAAGCUUUUAUCAUCACACUGUAAGCCCGCUGCCUCAUACAUCAUUAUCCAGGACCAGGAUUACUUCAGGCUCAGCAUCUCCCAUAUACCCCAAAAGAAAGCAACCUUUCGGAAACACAAAUAUCACAAAAUUGUUUUUUAUGCAGUUUUUAGCAUAAAAUUAUAUAAUUUUAAACGAAAAUGGACUCAAAACGAAAUAAUUAUCAACCAAUAUUUUAAAAUACAAUAACAACUGUUGCUUCAAAUACUAAUCCAUAAGAGCAAGCAAACUAAUUAAAAAAAAUAAAAACGAAAGGAAAACAUUUUGCAAAAGAAACCCAAAUCGAAACACUUAAACGAAUUUUCUUUGUAUUAGCCAUUAAUAAUACAAAGAGAAAACCGAAUUUUGCAAAAUUGUUUUUUGAAAGAAACUGUUGUAAUGACUUCAAAUUUAAAUUGCUUUCUAAAUUCCCAAAACCCCCCUGUUUUAUGUUAACAUUUUUUUUUGGUUGGAUUAUUUGUGGCCUUUCUAAAUCUUGGUGGCUUUUUUAGAUUUUCAAAAAAAAAGAACAAAAAAUGUUUGGUUUUUUCUCUCUUAAAAAAAAUAAUAACAAAAAGACACCAAAUCCAUCAUUUAUAAAAACUCAUUACAACAUUAAAAAAAAACUUAUUGUAAUUCACUCAUCUCACACCACACAUACAUACAUUAUUAUAUUCAUUUGAGGAAGAAAUAUAUAAUUACAUUAUAUUUUGCUUGUACUUUGAAUAUCUUUGUUUUUUAAAUAACAAUCCAUCAUAAACUUUGUCCCAUUACUACAACAUACAUAUAUUUUAUUAUAUUUCUUUAAUAUAUAUUAUAACUAUAUAAUUAUAAUAAUAAUGAUAAUCAUCAUUUAAUCUUAAUUAUUACUUACUUUUUUUACACGAAAAAAAGGAAAUUUUUGUAAUGGAUUUUUUUUAAGUUAAAUUUUAACUCUCCUCCUCCAUAA